AUGACAGAAGUGGGAAUGUGGGACCAAGAAAGAGAAAAACAACGGGGCAAGAAGAACCAAGAGGAAAAAUCGGCACUGCUGGCCCAGGAUCAGCCCUUGGCAACAGCCCCUCUGCAGGUCUCUGCUGGCUCCCGGGCAGGGACUCAAAGGCCGCAGGAAGGUGCCCCUGGAGAAGGCCCUGGAGAGCGCUGGGGCCAGGAGUGCCGCCAUGAGGGCAGCAAGCGGGGCCUGGCCUGUCCGUGCCUGCGGCAGGGCGCAGGGCGGGCGCUCAGGCCCUGCCAGCUGCAGCUGGGAGCUCUGCAGGGCGGCCGGCAGAGAGCCGUGGGCUCCCGCAGCUCUGCGGCCCUCACGGCUGAGGCAGCUGCCCGGGCACAGCCCGCUGGGGACACGCGGCCGGCCCGGGGCCACCCGCAGGGGGACCCUGCUCUGGGGCCAGCCCAGGCCGCAGCAGGGAGCCGCCCAUGGGGCCGUGCCCGGCCAGGGAACGGCUCUGCCCGGGGACAGGGCUCCAGGAGCAGGGCAGCAGGGCCGCCAGUGCCGGCCACAACCAUGGAGCCCAUGGUAUUCCUUUUCAUGCUCUUGAAAAGCCUCAUCCAGUACCCACAGCACGUGGCUGACGCUUUGGAUGAGGAAACACGUCUGCGCAUGGAAGAGCGUGCAAAGCAUCUGGAAUGGGAGAGGAUUCAUCUGGAGCAGGAGGUGGAACAGCUCACCCAGGAGCAGCUGAAGCAGGUGCAGCUCUUGCAGCUCUUAGCUGUUGCUGUGCUCCUGGCCCUUCUCUUGGUCCUCUGGUUGAUUGGGUGGAAAAACAGCCAGAGCAGAGAGGAGGAUGAACAAGACAACCGUGGGGCAGAUGAAGAGGAAGCGGGCAAUGUUGCGGCUGACGAAGAAGACAACGUUGGCAAUGAAGAUGUCAAUGAGGCUGCAGUUGCAGAAAACAACAACGAUGCUGCAAAUGAAGUCCAAGAAGAAGAAGAGGAUGAUUUUGACGAUUUCCUUGGAGAAGUUGUAAUGGAGCGCAUCCAGUGGCCUGUACAGGACCUGCAGAGAGGCUGUGAGUGGAUAACUGACCUCAUGGAUAAUUAUACCAUUUACUUUGGCCAUGUUUUGGCCAACAGUUUCUACCCGGUCCUGCAACGAGCCAUCGGGGUGGGCAGUGCCUUUGAAGGCUGGAGUCCCCGUGAGCAGGAUGUUGUCUACAGCGUGCUCAUCCCCAUGACUCCUCCCCGGGGCCACAGCUUCCACCUGGAGCUGGACAGUGAAGAGCAGAGGCACGUCAGGAACUUCCGUGUCCGCGUGCAGCUGGAGUGCACCUGCAGCAGGGAGCAGCAGCCUGAGGACAUGCUGUGCUUCCUGCACCACCCCGAGGAGGAGCUGAGCAGCAAUCAGGAUCCCAGCCUCCUAGACACCCUGUGCACCGGCUCCUACCUCGACGUGCAGAAAACUGCCCGCUGGUUUUACCAGCUGGUGAGAGCAGUCUGGCCNNCUCUGCCUCAGUCACACAACUGGCAUUUAAGGCUGAUGCCCUCCACACGCUCCUGCCAAUUCCAGGUGUCCUACGGGCAGGAAAGCUUCAGGACUGAGCUGUUCUUCGGCGUGCGGAGAGGUGACUCAGCCAUCUUUGUGUGCAGCCAGCCUAGAGAGGCCUACACAGCAAGCACAACCUGGCCCGAGUCCUACGCUGUGGCAGAGGUUGAGUUCUUCAAGCACAUUGCCAGGCAGGCCCCCCCUGACAGCCUGCACCUCAAAUGCCUGCAGUUCUUCACCCGUCUUCCUCUGGGCUUCAGCUUUUCCACCUACACCAUGAAGACCAUUGUCAUGCACCUGCUCAACAUCACACCCGUCUCAGAGUGGCGCAGGAGAGAUCUCGUGGUACGACUGCUGGAUAUCAUCAACAGCCUGCACUUAUGUCUGCGAGCAAAAUGCCUCCACCACUUCAUUGUGGGCAACCAGAGGCUUCCUCAGGACAUCAACUUACCCGCAGAUGUCCAAAGAGCUGAGCCAUACAAUCUCCUCCAGCACCUGGCCCAGCAGCCAGCUGCCCAUGCCCAUGCACUCUAUGAGUACCACAUUCUCUACAAGUGGUUCAGAAGAAUCCUUCUUGCUGAGGAUUUACCGGAUGAAGGGGAAGAUUUAUGGCUAUGA